AUGUCAUCACCUUUCAAAACCCUCACCGUCAUUGCUUUCCACAAACAGUUCAUCGCCGACCACCACCCGCAACGCAUAAUCACUGACUCCACACCCUCCUCCUCAACGAUGCAAAAGAGACCUAAAACGACGUCGUCACGGUUACAAUUCUUUGUUCGGAUGAUGUGGGAAUGUGACUCCUUAGUGAUUCGCGCUUCGAGAGAAGACACAGUGGAAACGCUUUUGAUACAGAUUUCGUUUAAGAUCAAAGUUCCUGAUGUUUAUCUAAGAUUAAUAUAUAAAGGAAAACAGCUGCAGAUAGAACAGAAUCUUGGUGAAUGCGGCAUCGAGAACGAUGCGAAUCUUCAAUUGGUUGGACGUUUGAAGAGUAUAGCGUGUCCUGUUGUGUGGAAAGGCACACAGAGAGUUGUUUCUGUGAUUCUCCGUCUCUGUAGAAAUGAAGUGGUAUGUGAUGCUGAAGGUCUUAUUGAUAAUCACUUCAAGAAGUACAUGGACAAUCCUGAAUAUUUUGGUGUUUUUAUGUUUAUGAAAAUUCCUGCGUUGUUAGUGAAUCUCUUAAUGUCUCCUUGGGUAUCUAAUAAGACUAUUGCGGAUUCGUCUAUUAAGCAAUUUGUGCAAAAGAGUUUAGAAAUGAAGUGCAAAACGUUGCAGGGUUUGUACAUUGAAGUUGUCUUGGAGUUUUGUGAAUUGCUUAGAGGGGUAGGGUGUACGUCUGAUAAUCUUUUAUAUGUUUAUUGCCGUGAUAGUUUUGCAACUUUGUUGGGGCAUGUUGGUGUUAUCUUUAGGAAUUCGAAGCGGAGGGUUUUGCUUCAAGGUGUUUCUUAUUGUGUUCGUGAGAUUGCGGAUGGGUUGUUGAAGUAUUUGGAUUUAAGUAUGAGUUGUGUGACUUCUGGGGAGAUUUCGUGCUCUGAUGUUCGGGGUUUUGUGAAUUUCUCGACACCUUUGAGGAAGGGAAUUUCCGAGCAACAUGGUGAGUCUGAGGAUUGUGGAAUUUACUAUGCGGAGCAUCCCUGGCUUGCAGGAGUAGUUGAUCAACUUCGUAUUGUAUUUGAUCAGUUAUUGAGCAAAAUGGAUGAGUGCCUUCAAGUCAUGGAGAAUUGCUUGGGUAACAAGGAACAGGGAGAAGGGGAUAGGGAUGCUAUCCAUAGUGGGAGGUCUCAUUAUCUUUACAUCUUGAAGGAAUUGUAUCACAUCUCUAAGCUCUCUAGCGGUGCAGAAGAGAUGUUUUGGGGAGUUUUGUUGCGUCGAAAAAAUAUGCUAUCUUAUCUUAUUGUUCGGUAUGCGGAGAGAACUGAUGAUCAUCGAUGGGUUCUUGAGAACAUGAGUGUGACCGAUUUUGAAUCUAGGAGGCAUUUGGCGUUGAUGCUAUUCCCUGCCUUAAAUGAUGAAGUAUUGGGAUAUGAUAUGCUUAUUGGCAGGUCUCAGGUUUUGGGUGAAUCUUUUGAGUACAUAUCAAGUGCUAAGCCUGAAUCUCUGGAGGGUGGUCUAUUUAUGGAAUUCAAGAAUGAAGAAGCUACAGGACCGGGUGUACUGAGGGAGUGGUUUGUUUUGGUGUGUCAGGAAAUAUUUAAUCCAAAAAAUGCUCUUUAUUUGGCAUGUCCAAAUGAUCAAAGGAGAUUUUUUCCUAAUGCUGCAUCUAAGGUACAUCCUCUGCACCUAAAGUACUUCAGCUUCUCUGGGCGUAUGAUUGCACUAGCUUUGAAGAGUAAGGUGCACGUAGGCGUUGUUUUUGAUCGUGUGUUUUUCAAGCAAUUGGCUGGAAACUAUAUUACUUUAGAAGAUAUUCGGGAUGCAGAUCCUAUAAUGUAUCAUAGCUGCAAACAAAUAUUGGAGAUGAAUGCUGAUUAUAUUGAUACAGAUGUAUUGGGACUGACAUUUUCUGUAGAGGUGGAGGAAUUAGGGUGCAGGAGGGUGAUAGAGCUUUGCCCUGGUGGCGAAAGCAUUGUUGUGGAUAGUAAGAAUAGGGAGAUGUAUGUUGAUCUUCUUAUACAGAAUCGUUUUGUGACAUCCAUAUCUAAGCAGGUAUCACAUUUUGCCAAGGGGUUUGCUGAUAUUAUAUCUGACAAAAGGCUAGAAUUCUUUCAAUAUUUAGACCUUGAAGAUCUUGAUUGGAUGCUGCAUGGUAGUGAAAAUGCCAUUUCUGUUGAAGAUUGGAAGGCACAUACUAAGUACAAUGGCUAUAAAGAGAUCGAUCGACAAAUAUCUUGGUUUUGGGAGAUUGUUGGGAGAAUGUCGGUGGAGCAAAAGAAGGUUCUUCUGUUCUUUUGGACAUCUGUGAAAUAUUUACCAGUUGAAGGUUUCCGUGGUUUGGCUUCCCGUCUAUGCAUUUGCAAAUCGAACGAACCUGAAAAUCACUUACCCACAUCUCACACAUGUUUUUACGAGCUGUGCUUUCCCCCGUAUUCUUCCAUAACUAUCAUGCAAGAUCGCCUUGGAAUCAUCACUCAAGAACACAUGAGCUGCAGUUUUGGUACUCCGUAA